CUUUAGACCCGUAACUUUUGACCAAAAUUUUAAAACGUCUUGCUGUAAAAAUUUUGGCAACCGUCUGACAUUCUGACAGCCAUCGCAUUUCUAAGCCCCGCUCAAUUCACCAUAUAAAAAAGAAAAAGCCAACAAAUAGAUCAAAACGAUCGAGCAUUGCAAGUAAGGAAAAUAUGGUGGAGACAUUUGAAGCACAAGGAAAAGCGUUUUGGGAAUGGUUGGAGACCAACGGUGCUACUUUGUCACCGGCUAUUGCUUUCAAGGAUUAUCGCGACGAAAACGCUGGACGCGGUGUUGUAGCUGUCAAGGACAUCAAGGAAGGCGACGUGCUGUUCUCCAUUGCGCGCCAGCAGUUGCUCUCUUCACAGACCUCGGCUUUAAGAAAAGUCGAGGGAAUGGCACAGGUGCUGGAUAAUCUGACGGGUUGGAAUCCUUUGAUCUUAUGCAUGAUGUACGAAAGUCAGCGGGCUGAUUCUUUCUGGAAACCUUACUUUGACGUUUUGCCAAAAGACUUCACCACUCCAAUGUUUUGGAAAGAUGAAGAGAUGAAGGAGUUGGAGGGAACCGAUAUUCCUGCCAAGAUCGGCAAGACAGAAGCAGAAACCAUGUUUCGAGAUGAAAUUGAACCUAUCAUCAAGGCUCAUCCAGACAUCUUUAACCCCGAGAUCCACAAUGUCGAGCUUUUCCACAUCUGUGGGUCGUUGAUCAUGGCUUACAGUUUCCACGAUGAAUUGGCUCCCAAAGCAACGACGCUGAAAACCAAGGAAAAUGCUGAAAACAAGAAAGAGGAGGAAGAAGAUGAGGAAAGCGAUGAAGAGGAGGAAGAGACCGAGGAGCUUUUAGCCAUGGUUCCGAUGGCUGAUAUGCUAAACCAUAAAACCGGGUUCAAUAAUGCUCGGUUAUUCCAUGAGCCAGAAGCGCUGCAGAUGCGAGCCAUUAAACCGAUCGCUGCUGGUGAUCAGAUUUACAACACUUAUGGUGAUCUGUGCAAUGCGGACUUGCUUCGCAAAUAUGGCUUUGCGGAUGAAAACAAUCCAUUCGACUUGUGUGAAAUCGAUGGGAAACUUGUGGUGGAGGUCUGUGCUCCCGACCAAGACGCUGAGACAAUUGAGAACAAGACUGAUUUUUUGUUGGAGGAAGGGGUGAUGGAUGAUUGCUUUGUUAUCGAUACAGACCACGACGUGCCUCCGGAGCUCAUCAUUGCUGUGCAUGUAUAUCGAUCCAGUGCGGAGGAAUUUGAAAAGAUGGCAGAGAAGGAAAAAUUGCCCAAACCUCGUUUAACACCUGAAGCGAAACAGUUGUUGAUCCAGCUGUUGGAGCAACGCUUGGCGCGAUACCCAACGUCUUUGGAGGAUGAUGUGGUAUCUUUACAAUCUUCCUCUUCACAUGCAAAGAAGAAUGCCAUCUUGGUGCGCCUGGGUGAAAAGCAAAUCCUCGUAAAAACAUUGGAGAAGCUGAAAGCCGCUCCAGUGGCCCAAAAGCGAUCCAAUGACCAAGAUCAACCAAGAGACAGCAAAAAAAUCAAACACUAGAAAAUAACCAUAUUUUUUGGCAGUUACAUAUACUUCCUUUUUUCAUUGAACGUCCCUUUGUCAGAGUAUCGUCAAAUAAUUGGGUGAGAGGGAUUCAUCUGUCAGAAUUUUGCGUUGAUUGGAUGUGCUUG